AUGAUGCGCUCGGCACCUCAUGGGAAACCAAAGUGUUUGGGUUCCCGGAAGAGUAUGGUCGCAAGGCUGAAACUUAAAGGAAUUGACGGAAGGGCACCACCAGGGUGGUGCAUGGCCGUUCUUAGUUGGUGGAGUGAUUUGUCUGAGGGACUAUUGGCGUUUAGCCGAUGGAAGUUUGAGGCAAUAACAGGCCUGGGUAAUCUUGUGAAACUUCAUCGUGCUGGGGAUAGAGCAUUGCAACUAUUGUUCUUCAACGAGGAAUCCCUACAUCAAGAAGUAAUACUACGGGCUACAAUUGAAAAUAAGAUCAAGGAAAAUAUUAAUAAGCGUAAAAUCGAAGAUGUAGCGAGGAAUGCUACAAGUGCAACAGCAAAAGCUUGCUUUGCACCGAGUGGUUACGAGAUCCCAAAACGUCCCCGAAUAUAUUACAAAAACUUGGAUCAUAAUGUCGAUGACGGUAACGAUGAAGAAAAUAUAGACCUUCUGGAGCAAUCAACCAGCGAAACAUCACCUAUGCAAUCAACUAAUGAAACAUUACCUAUCGAGGAUUACCUGAAAAAAUUCGAGGGAGCGUACUUGGAAUUAGAUCCCAAUCAUAUGUGGUUGCUGAAAGUGGUCGUAAAGUAG